AUGGCUGAUAAUGUGAAGUAUCUAGAAUUCUUCGAAAAUAACAAGGACAAUCCUGAUGCUCUAGAGAAGUUUAUAGGACUAUCAGCUCUUAUCCAUGUAUCUCCAGCUCGAAGAACUCCGAUUUUACAACAAAUUGAACGUGCAAAAAAUAAAGAAGGAAAGAUUACAAAAGCAUGGGAUAAAUUCGAGCAAAGAAAUAAAGGAAAAUCAGAAUCUGAAGCAUUAUAUCAAAUAAUUCAACUCGGUUUAGAAAAUAAUAAUUAUUUAGAACGAGUCAUCAAUUUGAUGGCAUAUCUUAUAUCAAUUCCUCAAUUACGUUUAUUUACGCAGCCUUUACUUGAAGAAACUAAUUUUAUUAACGCAAUUCCUUUAGAUCAUCCUCUUAUUAGCAUUUUUGAUUACUUUUUAUCAUAUCAAUAUCAGUUUGAUAAAGGUGUUUUAACAUAUAAAGAGGCAACAAGUGAAUAUAACAAGUUUAUCAUCAAUUUUCAAGAUGAAAUCAACAAAAUUGAUCCGAAUUUACCACUUUCUAAAGCGUCAAUCAACGAAUUACAGUCGUAUUCAUACAUAUACGGAGUUUUAUCUGAAGUUCCGAAAGAAUUAAUUGCCAAAAUUUUAAAUAUCUUGAAUAUUACUCCUUCUAACGAUUCCAAUCAUAAUUUAUAUUCAAUAUCAAGAGCUCUACAACCACCACAAGAUUCUCAAGAAAAAAUUCCAUCACAUAUCCUUCCAAUUCGUUCUCCACCAGAUAUUGUAUAUCCGCAGUUCACAAAGUAUGCAUUAUCAAUGACAGAUGCUACAUUACAAGUAUUUCUUCAAAAAAGGUACAAUUUCGCGAAUAAUUUGAUGGAUUUACUAAAAAAUGUUUUAGAAGCAUUGAAUCCGAACAAUGAGGUUCGAUUUCAUCGAAAUGCAGUACCUCUUAGAAUUCCUUCCAUCCAAACAUCGAAUUCAAAGAAAACAGGAAUAAUAAUAAAUCUUGCACUUGAUCCAACGUUUUUACAAUGGGAUAUACAAGGUUUUUCAGAAGGAGAGAUCAUUUAUCUGCUAAAUGUUAUCGAUUCCUUUGAAAAUGAAGAAAAUAAUAUUUUAUGUGUUGGAUGCAUCGUCAAAAAUGUACUUGCGAACCAUACAUUGCAAGUCAAAGUCGAUGCAGAUGAUGUUCCGUCGAGAAACUACAAUGCUGUCGUUAAAUUACCUUUGUAUCUAAAUAGAGACGGUCAAAAACUCCUGGAGCUGGCCAACUGCAUCAACAUUGAGAACAUCCCAAAGAAAGUUCUUGACAGCUUCAUUGGCUUCAAGAAUUCUCAAGGUCCUGGCAUAUCAUUAAUUGAAUAUCCAUUUGGAACGACUUGCAUCGACCAUGCGGCCCGUUUUGUUACAGAGAACUUUGUUUACGGAGAGAAGACACUCGUUAUUUGUCCGAAUACCCAAAUAAUUGACAAUUUUUUGAGAAAAAUGAAAAAUUUCGAAAAAAAUCUAAUUCCUUCUUUUUAUUAUUUAAGACUCGACAUGUCUCCUGAAAUCAGCUUCCAAGUAGCCGUGAGAACAAAGGACCAGAUCCUCCAGACACUAAUAGAUAGCGGAAUUGACAAAGCUUGGUGCCAAAGUUGUUUAACUGCAAUUAAUUUUCUAAAAAGUGACAACAAAAUUGACAAAACGGUUAUUGAUUGUUUGGAGCAAUUACGGCCAUUGGAAUAUCUUGGAAGUGUUGAUAAAUGUGUUGAUUACCUCAAGAAGAACGUUGCACAGAUAGUUUUUCAACUUUCAACGCAAGAAUUGAAAUUUGAGAAUAUUAAGUUCAAAAACUUAGUUGUUUUGGAUAAUUUCUUGGUCCAAGAUUCAGAUAUUAUCAGAAUAUUAACAAGUUGUAAGCCAGAAGUUGUUAAAUUUUAUGGACAAAAAUCAUCUGAAGAAUUUAAUAAAUUUUUCAAUUUAGAUCCGGCCUUUAGAAGAAUGAUAACAUCUAGUACAUAUAACAAAGAGUUUUAUUCGAUAAUUGACCAAAAAGACUCGAAUAUUAUUAAUUUUAUCCAGAAAUUUAACCAAAACUCCGAAAUCCAUGAACCAAUAACUAUCCCUGUUAUUGUCAAUCCAUGUCAUUACUUCGAAACCUCUUCCCAAGAGGAAUCCAUUGAAAUUUCAAUUGCAAGUGCAUUUUUCUUGAGAAUGACGGGAUUAAAUCCAUCAGAAAUACUGAUUGUUGUUCCUAAUGAUGAGAUAUGUGCGAUUGCUGUUGAUUUGAUGAAGAAAAGAGCAAGUUGGAAUCCGAAUCUUUUGUUGAUGAAAGAAAGGAUUGUUGCAAUCAACAAAAUAAUACAAGAGAACUUGGACGCGUUUGCUAUUUGCGGAGAUUUGUCUUUCCAGGGAUUUUCAGAUAUUAAUGAAAUUUCUCUUUUCUUGGCUGACAGAGCAACAGGAAUUCUCUUGUUGUCUGGUCCAAAAUUCGAUGGAAAUAUGAUGGAGAAUGUAAAUGACUUGAAAAUCGCUUUCGGAGAAAAAUUUGGAAAAAUUUUCGAAAAAGGAGAAAGAAAUGUUUUUGAUGUUUUAUCAUCAGAGAUGUUUUUGCAGUUGGUCUAUCAUAUGCAAUGCCAAAUUGCCCAAUAG